AUGGAGAAACAGAAUCGCGCAAUGGUGACUGAAUUCAUUCUGAAAGGCAUCACUGACCGCCCUGAGCUGCAGGCCCCAUUAUUCGGGUUGCUCCUUGUCAUCUAUCUGAUCUCAGCAGUGGGAAAUUUGGGCAUCAUCAUCCUCACCAACACAGACUCCGGGCUGCAAACGCCAAUGUAUUUUUUUUUUUUUCUCAGACACCUGGUUGUCACUGAUCUUGCCUAUUCAACACCAGUGGGCCCCAAAAUGUUAGGAAAUUUUGUUGCAGAACAAAAUACAAUCCCUUAUCAUCUUUGUGCUGUGCAGCUCACUUCCUUCCUUCUUUUCAUUACUUGUGAACUUUUUAUUCUGUCUGCAAUGUCCUAUGACCACUAUGUGGCCAUCUGUAACCUUCUGCUCUACACUGUCAUCAUGUCACAAAGGGUAUUCUGGGCACUGGUGGCAAUUCCAUAUGUUUACAGUAUAUUUAUGUGUCUAAUAGUCACCCUGAAGAUUUUCAUUUUAUCCUUCUGUGGAUACAACACCAUCAAACAUUUCUUCUGUGACUGUAUUCCCUUGAUAUCUUUGCUCUGUUCAAAUACACAUGAAGUUGAAUUGAUAAUUAGAUUCUUUGCAACUUUUGAUUUGAUUUCUUCACUUCUGGUCAUCCUUGUGUCCCACUUGCUCAUCCUCAUAGACAUUCUCAGGAUGAACUCUGUUGAGAGCAGGAGGAAGGCUUUUUCUACCUGUGGGUCCCACCUCACAGUGGUCACAGUCUUCUAUGGGACUUUGAUAUUUAUGUAUGUGCAGCCUAAGUCAAGCCACUCCUUUGACACUGAUAGAGUGUCUUCCAUAUUUUACACACUGAUCAUCCCGAUGUUGAAUCCCUUGAUCUACAGCUUGAUGAAUAAAGAUGAAAAAAUGCCUUAG